AUGAUUGGACGUCAAUGUACAUCAUCUAGUGGUUAUGGUAUGAGUGAUAACAGUCCAUGUAUAGAUUUAAUGUGGUUUUUAACAAGUGCCAUUGUUAUUUCCGCAUUUGGUCUGCCAGCUGUUUUAUAUCGAGCUGCUAUUAUUAAAAUUGGUUCAAUGGCUUUUGUAAUGGCUGCAAAUACACUUAUAUUUAUAACAGUUACAAUUUAUUUUAUGACAUUUGAUUCCGAUGAUAGUUUAUUAAGUAUUUAA